AUGCACUCGUCGUUCUCGGAGCCGAAUUCGCCGCUGAAAGAGGUGCUCGGAGAGAAAUGGCAGACCGCUUCAUGCAGUGAUUUGGGCGAUAAUUAUGUGAAACCAGGUCCGUUGGCAAAGGCGAAAUUCAAUGCGUUGAGGAACAAGAGAGAAGCGAUCGAUCGAUUUUUGAAAAAGCAUAAAGAGGAGGAUUUGAGCCUGUAUAUAGACGAACUUCGUGAUUUUGCGAUCAGCUCCGGCGGCCUCGUGGACGACGAGUUUCGAGCAACGAUUUGGCCGGUUUUAUCGGCGAAUUUGGUGCAAAAUGAUGAUUUGGACGACGUCUCAUCGUCCUACGAUUCGGAUUUCGAGUCGGCGCAGUCGGAUUUUGACGAGGAAACGCCGAUUUUUGAGGAUCAACCAGAAUUAUCACUUGAAGAAUUGAAAAAUCAUAAAGAAUGGAAUCAAGUGGAACUGGAUGUUCAUCGAACACUAUCUCGUUUUCCACCGAAUAUAUCGGAUACGCAUCGAGAUGUACUACAAACUGAACUCAUUCCAUUGAUUGUACGGGUCCUGAGUGUCAAUCCAAGAUUCAAUUAUUAUCAGGGCUUCCACGACAUUUGCCUGACUGUUCUCCUAGUUUGCGGCGAGAAAGAUGCCCUUCCAAUCUGCUCAAAUCUCGCCAAAAACGGUUCAUUCAAUAAUUAUCUCCUGAAAACGCUGGAAAAAUCAGUAGUCCGUGAAUUGGAUCUUCUCUAUGUGAUACUGUCGCGAGUCGAACCAACACUGGAGAAGGUGAUGAGAUCUGUCGAAUUGGGAACUAUGUUUGGAUUGUCAUGGCCACUGACAUGGUUUUCGCAUUCAUUGAAACAAUAUCAGCAGCCUUCUAGAAUCCUCAAAAAUCUGUCUGAAUCUUUCCGAAUCCCUCGGAAUCCUCUGAAAUCCUCUGUAAAUCUCCAGCUCAUCGUUCGUUUCUUCGACGUCUUCCUCGCUUCAUCUCCACUUCUACCGAUUUACGUCUCCUCGGCAGUCGUCGUUUAUCGACGUGCGAGUAUUCUAGCGUGUGAACGAGAAAUGCCAUUUUUGCAUCGUCUGCUGACGGAGAUGCCUACCGAAUUACCCAUUGAUGCGAUUAUUAAAGAUGCUGUAUACCUAUCAAAAUUGAUGCCACCAUGCCUCUUGAAAACGAAAUACAUGAACGAGUAUCGAAAAAUUGUCGCCAAACCGCCUCGAACCGCCGUCAAAACCCUUCCCAGAUAUGCUCUUCAAUUCAUGUUCGUCGCUGGAACCGUGGGAGCAGCGGCCAGCUUUUUCUUCUUCAAACAGAUUCAUCCUCUAUAG